GCGUCGAAAUAGCCACAAACAAGAUAGCGCUAUAGCAUUUUGCAUAAGCUAGAAAGAGAGAGAAAUAUAUUUGUAUACCCUCGUAAUUUCAUUUUUUACAUCAGUCAAAAUCGUCAUCGAAACCAACCGUUGCUUCAAUUUUGAACCGUUGAAAAGCGAAAACAAAUAGGAAAUACGCCUUUUACAAGAAUUUUUCGAAGAAAUUGCGUGCUGUGACUGUGUAAAAGUGAAAAUGAAGUCGGCCAGAUCAAAACCUCGGCUGAACGAGUUGCGGACUCCGGCCAGGAGCAGAAACAACUUGAUCCAAGGUGAUCGCGACCCGGUGAAUGUAUUUUGUAGAUUACGACCCAUGCAAAGGGAUACCGAUGUGGCCUGCAUCAAGAUACUGUCGCCCACCACGAUACUAUGCACGCCCCCGGCCUCCGCGAUCAGCUACAGAAACGAAAACAGCAAAGCCAUGAAAUACUCUUUCAAAGAGGUUUUCCGUCCAGAAACUAACCAGCCCGAGGUGUUUGACAAAGUCGCCCUGCCCCUCGUCGAGGGUCUGAUCAAGGGGAAGAACGGUCUCAUGUUCACGUACGGCGUAACGGGCAGCGGCAAGACAUUCACUAUGACUGGGGACCCACAGAACUGUGGCAUCCUGCCCAGAGCUUUAAACAUCAUAUUCAAGACUAUCGGAGACCUUCAAGCCCACAAAUACGUGUUCAAGCCGGACAAAAUGAACAUGUUUGAUAUACAGAGUGAGGCGGAGGCCAUGUUGGAGCGACAACAGGAGCUUCACAAGCUGAAAACAGGGAAGAAGAACAAUUCCAACCCUGACUUGGCCAUGUCUUCUAUGGAGCUCACGAAAAUUGAAGGAAUCAACGAGGAUAACCAGUAUGCUGUGUUUGUGACAUAUGUGGAGAUUUACAACAACAGUGUGUUUGAUCUCUUAGAAGACGGACCUCCCGUCUGCAAGAAUCUUCCCGUGAAAAUUAUCAGAGAAGAUGCAGCCCACAACAUGUACGUCCAUGGAGUUACUGAGAUUGAAAUCAAGUCGGCUGAGGAGGCUUUUGAUGCCUUCUAUCUGGGGCUGAAGAGGAAGAGGAUGGCACACACUACUUUGAAUGCUGAAUCAAGUCGCAGUCACUCGGUGUUCACCAUCAGGCUGGUGCAGGCACCGGUCGAUGAAAUGGGAGAGUCGGUUAUUCAGAACAAAAAGUUUCUAUCCAUCAGUCAGCUCAGUUUGGUGGACUUAGCCGGCAGCGAGAGGACAAACAGAACGAAGAAUACUGGCCAAAGAUUGAGGGAGGCAGGGAACAUAAACAAGUCUCUCAUGACACUCAGAACUUGCUUGGAAGCCUUGAGGGAGAACCAGGUCAAUGGAGCUAAUAACAUGGUCCCAUACCGUGAAUCAAAGAUCACACACUUGUUCAAAAACUUCUUUGAAGGCGAGGGUCAAGUCAGAAUGGUGGUCUGUGCCAACCCACGCGCUGAAGACUAUGAUGAGACAGUCCAGGUGAUGAGAUUCGCUGAGGUGGCUGCUGAAGUGGAGGUAGCAAAGCCGCAAGUCAUGGAUAUGGGAGCCGUUAUGGGAUUGACAUCCGGCCGUCGCAAGGCUCACCGUCUCUUUACCACUGCCCGAGACAACCUGGCCAGGGCUGAUGCUAAAGACCUGGAACUAGAUCUUGGACUCGUCUACAGUCUGGGUCCAGACUUCCCGAGUUUGGAGCUGAACAGCUCACAAGCAGCUCACAUAAUCAAGGAAUUGAUGGCGCAUUUGGAAAUGCGUUUGAGUCGGCGAGAGACUUUGAAGAGAAGCAAGGCAAUCAAAGACGAGAGACUCAGAUCUGCUCUUUUGGAUUUGGAGAAAGAGUCUCUCGAAGUGAGGAGUGAGAACUCGGCCUUGAAAGCCCAGCUCGCGGCGGCGGAGCGCCGGGUCCGGGCUCUAGAGGAGCGCCUGACAGCCACAGAGUCCACCUCGCUCUCCCAUCAGCGGAAACUCGCCGAACUGACCGAAUACACCUCUAACCUGAAGCGAGACCUGCAAGAGAAGGAGCUCCUCCUCAGCCAGAACAAACUGGACAAGGAAAAACAGAAGAAAAUCCUCGAGAGGAAAUACAAUCACAAGAUCGCGGCCGAGCACGAAAAGGCCAAAGAAAUCCGCUCGGAAAAAGACCGCCUACGCAACGCGGUGGAAGACAAAGAGAAUCGCCUUAGAAUGAUAGCGGAAGCCCUAAAUGUUGAGCGUGGAGACAACAUGGAGUUCAACCUGAAGUGUACGGGGGACAUGGGCGCGCAGACCAGCGAGCGCGGCUUCACCCCCGGCUCAACGCCUAGGGCUCUCCCUGCCCAUCUUCUGACGCCAUUCAGCGCGGCCCGCGACUCCCGCGAGACGCCCGCGUCCUCCCGUCGCGGCGUCGCCGUCGCCAACCCUAGACACAAGCGCUCGCUCUCAGCCGACGGCCGCGGCUGGGUCGAACACGCGCCUAACAAACUAGUCCCCAUGGGCACCGUCCUCAAGCCAAGCAUUCACAACAGCAAAGUCGUCAACAAACUCACAAACGUCAAAGACAUCGCCAAUUCGAAAACUUCAAAAUACUGCCUCAUUUCCCAAGAGCAGGACACGGAUGGGGAGUUAGAGACGAAGUUGUACAAAGGCGAUGUGGUGCCAACGUGUGGAGGCGGCGCGCAAGUUAUAUUCAACGAUGUUGAGAUGCUGAAGCAGUUUUCGCCGAAUCGAGAGUCGCGCGAAAACCGAUCGUCGGUGUCGGAGCGUCGGUCGAACUGCGCUCGUCAUUCGGGGAAAAGGCGGGAAACUGCCAGCUCGCCUCCACAGACACCCUCGAACAGCAGCAAGAAGCAAAGAGUAGACGAUGACUGAGGCCUUUCAUAAAAGUGAAAGGAGGUUGAGAACUUCAUGCUCACGAAAAAGACUGUCCACUAACACUUUUGUUUAUGUAAAAAAAGUGUUGUGUGUUCAGGUUUUCAGUAUUUCUUAUGAUUCGGAAGUUCCCUGCUUAUUUAUGCUAGCUAUGUUUGGUUUGAUGACUUGUUUAUAAACUUGAUUGAAUGGAUUUUUUUCAGUCCUGUAGAUUGCGAUUCUUAGAUCUAAAAUGAAGAUGGUAUUCUUCUGACUGUGAUUAUGUUAAUUAUAAUUAUUGUGUAAGAUUCUUCUGUACCUAGAUUAUGCGGGUUAUAUCUACCGAUCAUGUCAUGUUUUUUAGGGAUUUGCUCAUAUUUAACCUAUAUUUAUAAACUAACGAAGUAAGGUGUAGCCUAAAUUGACAUAUUGUAAUAAUUUUUUUGAUGUUAUAAAGUACUUAAAGACUUACAGCCUUAGCAAUAAACCUGGUAUAACUUUUGAAUAGCUAUUGAAUAGUUUUGUGUCACUUUGACUUUCUAAACGUUAUUGUAUGUUUAUUUGAUACAAAGAUUUGAUUUAAAUUAUGAUAAGGGGUUGAGGUUCUAGAUUAUAUAUUUUAAGUUGAUAUUUGUAGCACAGUAUUGUAUGUUUGUUGGAGUGUAAUUUAAAAAUAUGUUGUAUGAUAGAACAUGUACCUUUACUCUGUAAUGUAUUGGAAGUGUAUAAAAUACAUUUUGUUAUUCAGUAA